AUGUCCAACAAAUCUCUCCCAAGUGGCACUUCGGCCGGCAUGAGCUUAACAGACGAAGCCAUUGCUCGUACCCAUAUCCUUGCCCUCAUUCAUCGCUAUGCUUCUCUCGCCCGUGAGGAAUCCGAUUAUAGUAUGAUCACAGAGCUGUUCGAAAAGGACGGCAUCAUCAAUUUUCCAGACGGCCGCCAACUUGCACCAAAUCAAUUAAAGGAGAUUGCUGGUGGCAACCCACCAAAACUCCUCAGGCACCAUAUUACGACUAUUGAUGUGCAGCUUGUCUCUCUAGACGAAGCUCAUAGCCAGAGCUAUAUUAUUGCUGGGACGCAUAUGAGAAUGCCGGAUCAUUGGGGCCGCUGGGAUGAUGUAUUGAAAAGGCAGAGUGACGGGAGAUGGUUGUUCCAAAGGAAAACGAUCAUGGCGGAGCAAAUUGAUCCGGAGGGUUGGCUGGCUGAAACCAUAAAUCUAGCUGCAUCCGCUAAUAAAAAUGAAAGAGAAUAG